AUGGUCCGCGCCGCCGGGGAGGGCGCGGGCUCGGGGCGCCGGCGGCCGUGGCGUCCCGGGGCGCUACGCGGGCUGCUGCCGCCGCUGCUGCUGCUGCUGUGCCCGUGGCCGCCGAGCGUCCGCGCCGCCGGGGCCCCGCCGGCGCCGCUGUCCGAGCUGCACGCGCAGCUGUCGGGCGUGGAGCAGCUGCUGGAGGAGUUCCGCCGGCAGCUCCAGCAGGAGAGGCCGCAGGAGGAGCUGGAGCUGGAGCUGCGCGGCGGCGGCGGCCCCCGGGAGGGCUGCCCCGGCCCGGGCGGCGACGGCUACAGCGCCAUGGCGGACGCCAUCAUCCGCACCAAGGACUCCAUCGCGGCGGGCGCCAGCUUCCUGAGGGCGCCGGCGGCCGUGCGGGACUGGCGGCAGUGCGUGGCGUCCUGCUGCUCCGAGCCGCGCUGCUCCGUGGCCGUGGUGGAGCGGCCCCGGCGGCCCCCGGCCCCGGCCGCCGCGCUCCGCUGCUACCUCUUCAACUGCACGGCGCACGGCCGCAGCGUCUGCAAGUUCGCGCUGCACCGGGGCUACAGCAGCUACAGCCUCAGCCGCGCCCCCGAUCCGGGGGACCUGGAAGCCCACCUCAGCCUCAGCCGCGCCCCGGAUCUGGGGGACCUGGAAGCCGCCGCUCCGGCCAAGGCCACUGCCUGGGCCCAGCCCCCUCUGGAUGAGGACACGCCUCCGCUUAGCAAGGCUGGGAAGGACGUGAUUUUGCAUCUGCCCACAGACGGGGUGAUUUUGGAUGGCCGAGAGAGCACGGAUGACCAUGCCAUCGUCAAGUACGAGUGGACGCUGUUGCAGGGUGACCCGUCCCUGGACAUGAAGGUGCCUCAGCCAGGAACCCUGAAGCUGUCCCACCUGCAGGAAGGGGACUACACCUUCCAGCUGACGGUGACCGACACCGUGGGGCAGAGAAGCUCUGACAACGUGUCGGUGGCUGUGCGUGCCAGGACCUACUCCCCGGGAGGAUGCCUGACCGCUUGCUCGCGCUACCACUUCUUCUGCGAUGACGGCUGCUGCAUCGACAUCACCCUGGCUUGCGAUGGCGUGCGCCAGUGUCCAGAUGGGUCUGACGAAACCUUCUGUCAAAACCUGGGCCUUGACCGCAAGAUGGUAACUCACACAGCUGCUGGUCCUGCCCAGCCAGGAACCAUGGGGCGCAGUCAAAAUGCAGGGGAGAACUCCGUGUUGGAAAAGUCCCAGAAAGCCCCUACCCCCAACCAGCCAGCUAUUUUGUCUGACACAGAGAAGAACCAUUCCUCCUCCGUGGGUUCAGAAAGUGAAGUCCUGCCCCUGGUGCCAGAUAUUUCCUCAAAGAAGCAGAAACAAGAGGAAAAUUUUAUUUUUGAGUCCAAGAGUGAUCAUGGAAGAGAACACCCACCCCCAGAAGCAGGUGCGGUACUGCCUCUGGCCUUGGGCUUGGCCAUCACUGCUUCACUGCUUCUCAUGGUUGCUUGCCGAUUACGACUGAUGAAACAGAAACUUAAGAAAGCUCGCCCCAUUACAUCUGAGGAAUCUGACUACCUCAUAAAUGGGAUGUAUUUAUAAUAAGUGUAAUUUACCUAGCUUAGGGCAACGACAUGCUUCCCUCACAAUUAUGUUGGGCGCUGCCAUUUCCAACCUCUUGCAAGAUUCUGUAAGUCACAAACCUUUAUUUAUUGUAGAUUUCCUUUAGGAAGUAGAUGAAGUGUUUUGAAAUUUAGAGAGGAAUUCAUCUGAUUAAAGACUUUUACCAUCUGAAUUCUCAAUUUAUUAAUCUGUCCCUGGAAGCGCAGCUUGUUAUCUGCUGAGGCAGAGAAGUUGGUAUUUCUACAUGAUCUCAGGAUGGCAGUGCUUUGUUGAAAAGCAACCACCGCUGGCCCCUGGAACCCCUGGGCAGCUUCUCCAGGUUCUGGGGCCUCUUCUGCUUUAAGUUUCCAGGUUCUCCUUUCUCAUCUCCCUCCAAAAAUGUGUCUGAAAAUGGGUCACGUGAGUUUAUGCCUGAGCUGGGACCGCUGACAGGCGCGUAUGUUGUAAACUUUCUCCUCAGGUGAAGGAAGACUCCGGGUAGUGUAGCUGCCCAGUGCCUCACAUCGUAUCAUGCCGGUGGCUGUCAUCUUAGGCUGACCCUUAGAGAAAACCAGAGUUUGGAUUAGGUAGGGCUCUAAGACGGCUAUGAAGUAAGGUAGGAAAUGAAGGUAGGAGAGAGAACCUGGUGAACCAAAAUUUUUAAUAAAAACAGCUGUGGGUAAAUGUGCAAGACAAUUCCUAUUGGUUCUGGCUGGUCAACAUGGCCCUGUGGUCCAGGACACGUCAUGUCUGUAGUCACUGUUCUCACCACAAGUCCUCGGUGCAAGAGAGAAAUGCAAACGCAAACUGAACAUUGGAUUUCUGGGCACAGCUUCUGUAAAACUCAUCACCAUGUUUAAGUAUUGGCUCAUAAUCUGACUUACUAAAAUGAGCUAGGGAUUUGUGUAUGGCAAGUGCUCUACCACUGAGCUACAACCCAGCCCUUAUCAGUUUUAAUUCUUUAAAAUGAUGUCAUGAACACUCAGCUAAAUGUCAGACUUGAAAUAUUUCCAGAGCAGAAAGCAAUUUUGCAAAAAUUUAUCCUUACAGAAGACUGGCAUCUAACUUAGCCCCUGCUCCUUUAAAAUUUGUGGGCACUGAACAGCAAAUUACCCACAUCACACUCUCGAAGUUAUCCUACUGAAGGAGCAUGUAGUGACAGGGGGUCUCACUUGUUCCUAUUUAUUUUUACAUAAGUGGAAAAUGUUUUAAUGCACUUGAAAAAUAGCCUGGAUCUGCUUCUUUAGGGGCUUGAUUUUGGUGGCAGAUAUAUUGCAAUACAUAAACAAAUGGAAAAUUAGCUCUAGAAAACCAAAUUGACUAUCAUGUUUGUUUCCUGAGAAACUGUCCCUUUUAAUUAAAUGUUUAGAGUGAUUUAAACAUACUGAUGACAGUUUUGAGAGAAAUGAAGGUAUUGGUAUCUGUGAUGCUGUAGAAUUUUUUUAUCUAGAAGGAUGUCACCUAUAGCCAUAUCUACUAACAAGUGUUAAGGCAUGCAGCUCCCAGCACAUUUUAUAUAUGAAGAAAUUAAUACUAUUUAGUAUUGCUAUGAUGUUGAAAUACUUAAGAUGUUCCAUAUGUAAACAAUAUUCCUUUAAUAAAUUGUAUUUUCUUCUUCCAC